AUUGUGGGUAUUCUAACGAGGAAAUCAGAAUUGUUGGUGGAAAACCAACAGGUGUAAAUCAGUUCCCCUGGAUGGCACGCAUAGUGUACGAUGGAAAAUUUCAUUGCGGUGGAUCAUUGCUUACCAAGGACUAUGUCUUAACUGCCGCGCAUUGUGUUAAAAAGCUUCGAAAGUCUAAAAUAAGAAUUAUUUUUGGCGAUCAUGAUCAACACAUUACUUCAGAAUCAAAUGCAAUUCAGAGGGCUGUAAUUGCUAUAAUUAAGCACAGAAACUUCGACCCUGAUAGCUACAAUAAUGAUAUAGCGUUGCUAAAAUUGCGAAAACCUAUGAUGUUUUCAAAAAUUAUAAAACCUGUUUGCCUACCACGUUAUAAUUAUAACCCAGCAGGUCGGAUAGGAACUGUUGUUGGAUGGGGCCGUACUUCAGAAGGAGGGGACCUGCCUUCAAUCGUAAAUCAAGUUAAAGUGCCUAUUAUGUCUAUUUCCGAAUGCCGGAAUCAAAAAUAUAAAAGCAGUCGAAUCACAGCUAGUAUGUUAUGUGCUGGUAGACCGAGUAUGGACUCAUGUCAAGGUGACAGCGGUGGUCCACUUUUACUUUCAAAUGGAAUUAAGUAUUUUAUUGUUGGUGUAGUUUCGUGGGGUGUCGGAUGUGGAAGGGAUGGAUACCCAGGAGUUUACACACGAGUAAGCAAAUUUGUACCAUGGAUAAAAUCUAAUUUACGUGAUAGUUGUUUGUGCUCUUAAAUUCAUUUAAAAAUUUUAAGGAAUAUACUAUAUUAUAAUUA